UUCCCCACCUGCCGUCCUCUGACUGUUGGCGAGGGAAGUGAAAACCAUCUCCAGUCCGAUCCCACCUCCCCCUAACCUUUCCUCACAUCGUGGGGAGGUCCGGGAUCGGAUUCGUUUUUUCUCUUGGGAUUGUCUCUUUGGGUUCUUGGUUUUUCUUUGAUUGGGAUAGCUCGGUGUUUUGCUUGGUUUGAGUUAUGGCGGAGAAGAUCGAGAAUGGUUCAGAGAGGGAGAGCGGAGAAGAGCAGGGCAGCAGCGGCCGUCGUAGCAGCAGGAGCAGCAGCGGUUCGGGGGAUAAGUUGUUUCAGUAUCACGGGUGGGUCUACCAUUUGGGGACCAACUCCAUCGGCCAUGAAUUCUGCCAUCUUAGGUUCCUCUUGCUUAAAGGAAAGUACGCUUUCAUGUAUAAGAGGGAUCCCUUUGAGAACACAGGCCAUAAACCCAUCAGGAAAGGUGUAAUCGGUCCCUCUCUCAUGGUGGAAGAACUUGGACGUAAAGGGGCAAUGUAUGUUUUGAAAUUUUACAACCGGCUGGAUGAGACAAAGAAAGGAGAAAUUGCUUUAACUACUGCUGGUGAUGCUCGGGCAUGGAUGGAGGCCUUUGAACAGGCUAAGCAACAGGCUGACUUUGACCUUACAAGAGGAAGCAGCCGACAAAGACUGAGCAUUGAAUCCGAGCUUAACCUUGAAGGCCACCGACCACGUGUACGACGUUAUGCACAUGGUCUGACAAAACUUAUAAAGAUUGGAAAAGGUCCUGAAGUGCUUCUUCGUCAGUCUUCUAACCUUGAGAGCAACACUCAAUCCACACAAUAUUCAGAGGGGGAUGUUGACGAUGCCAUUGAAGCACAUGAAUGGAAAUGUAUCCAUACUACAAAUGGCAUCAGAAUAUUUGAAGAGAUUUCCAGCUCAAAGAGUGGCAGAAACAUUCUUUUGAAGGCUGUUGGUGUUGUUGAUGCUAGCCUGGACACAGUAUUUGAAGUGGUCUAUAACCUUGACAAACAUACAAGAUAUGAGUGGGACACGGUCUCAGAUCAUCUGGAGUUAGUUGAUUCAAUUGAUGGGCACUUUGAUGUUGUGUAUGGAACGUACACUCAGAAGUAUCAAGCUGGUGUUGAUUGUUGCGGAUGGGCCAAAAUGCAUGACUUUGUAUUUUCUAGGCAAUGGUUUCGAGGGCAAGAUGGGGCAUACACAAUUUUACAGCGCCCUGCAGUUCACAAGAAGUGCCCCCGGAAGUCUGGAUAUCAACGAACAAAAGUUAAUCCCUCAAUUUGGGAGAUUAAAAUGCUAAAGCCUUCAGCAGAACCAAAUCAUACAAGGUGCCUUGUGACACAAAUGAUUGAGGUACACCCUAGUGGUAGGAGAUCUGGAAAUAGACAUUACAUCUCUAAGCUGGAGAGAACAAUCGAGUUUGCUCUACUCUGCCAGGUAGCAGGUUUGAGAGAAUAUUUCAAUACAAAACCUGCAUCUACAUUUGUUUCUGAUUCAAAAAUUCUUCAGAAGGAAGUCCCCAAAGAGCUUGAUUUUAGUGGUGAGCUGUCCACUACCGAUGCUAGUGAGCAAUUUUAUGAUGCAAUUGCUGCUAAUGAAUCACUUGAGGAGGAAGACAGUGAUGAUGAGGAAGUUGAACUCAACAAGGAAGGUAAAUUGAAGCUGAAGAAUGUCUCUUGGGCCAUAGCUGCUUUCUCUAUGAAGAAAAAAGCAGCCCCUAUGGACAGUAACGAACUAGAUCUUCUUGCCGCUCCAGUCAACAUAGCUGCAAAUCAGUUCCGUGGAUCAAUGCAACCAGGGAAAGAUCAAUCUGACUCAGAUUGUUGGAUGGAGACAAAUGGGAAUGGAUUUAUGAUAAGAGGGAAGACCUACUUGAGUGACUUUUCUAAGAUAUCUGGUGGCGAUCCAUUGUUGAAGCUUUUUGCGGUUGAUUGGUUGAAGGAUGAAAAUAGAAUUGAUGAAAUAGCAUUGCAUCCUAAUUGUGUUGUCCAGUCAGAAGCAGUCAGGAGACUCCCGUUUGUCCUUGUACUAAAUCUACAGGUGCCUGCAAAACCAAAUUACAGUUUAGUUCUUUAUUAUGGGUCAGAGAGGCCCAUAAGGCAGGGUUCCUUGCUGUCCAAAUUUGUAGAUGGAACAGAUGCAUUCCGGAAUUCCAGAUUCAAAUUGAUUCCUAGCAUUGUGGAGGGAUAUUGGAUGGUUAAACGUGCAGUCGGUACCAAGGCUUGUCUAUUAGGGCGAGCAGUGACAUGCAAGUAUCUUCGGCGGCAAAAUUUUCUUGAGAUAGAUGUGGAUAUUGGAUCCUCUUCAGUUGCAAGGGGUAUAAUAAGUUUAGUUCUUGGAUAUGUCACUAGUCUGGUGAUCGAUCUUGCGGUUCUUAUUGAGGCCAAGGAAGAGAAUGAACUGCCUGAACACAUCCUUGGAACCGUCAGGCUAAACAAAAUCAAGGUUGAGUCAGCUGUAUCAUUUUGAGGCUCCUAAAGAUGAGCCAGUAUACAAGGCAAUCCUCCUAGAAAUUUAAUGGUAAGUUGUUAUGUAUCUUGUAUUUAUCACAACCGAUGUUGGUCAAAAAAAUUUGAGCCAUAAUAAAUCAAUCUUGUUUAUUGUA